GCAAGACGCUCCGCCCCCGCCCCAGCCCGGGGGAAGCGGCUGCGAGAAGCUUACGUCAGCCGCGGGAAGUCCCCCUCCCGCCGGGCUGUUCGCCUCUCGGGCCGACCUGCCCUCAGCUGUAGCAGCGCUCCGCCUCCUGGCUCCUGCACCCUGGACGGGCAACGCAGGGUGACCGGAGCGCGAGAAUUAAGCGGGUGGGAAGGUGUGAGCCGCAAACCCAGAGGAGGGCGGGAAGGAGGAAGAGGAGGCCCCGGGGGUGGUCAGGGGGACUGGGGAUCCCGCCGGCAGAGGUCCCUUGGCCGCCUGACUGACUGACGGGCUGAUUGACUGCAGCGGCCUCGGGUCCGGACGCUCGGAGCUGGGCGGCGCGGUGAGCGGAGCCAUGGCCUCGGGUGGGUAUAACCCAUGUAUAGAGAUAAUUGAACAACCCAGGCAGAGGGGAAUGCGUUUUAGAUACAAAUGUGAAGGGCGAUCAGCAGGCAGCAUUCCAGGGGAGCACAGCACGGACAACAACCGAACGUACCCAUCUAUCCAGAUUAUGAACUACUAUGGAAAAGGAAAAGUGAGAAUUACAUUAGUAACAAAGAAUGACCCAUAUAAACCUCAUCCUCAUGAUUUAGUAGGAAAAGACUGCAGAGAUGGCUACUAUGAAGCAGAAUUUGGACAAGAACGUAGACCUUUGUUUUUUCAAAAUUUGGGUAUUCGAUGUGUAAAGAAAAAAGAAGUAAAAGAAGCUAUUAUUUCAAGAAUAAGGGCAGGAAUCAAUCCUUUCAAUGUCCCUGAGCAACAGCUGCUUGAUAUUGAAGACUGCGACCUCAAUGUGGUGAGAUUAUGUUUUCAAGUUUUCCUCCCUGACGAACAUGGUAAUUUGACAACUGUUCUACCUCCUAUUGUCUCUAACCCAAUUUAUGACAACCGUGCUCCUAAUACUGCAGAAUUAAGGAUUUGUCGUGUAAACAAGAACUGUGGAAGUGUCAGAGGAGGAGAUGAAAUAUUUCUACUCUGUGACAAAGUUCAGAAAGAUGACAUAGAAGUUCGGUUUGUGUUGAACGAUUGGGAAGCAAAAGGUAUCUUUUCACAAGCUGAUGUACACCGUCAAGUAGCCAUUGUUUUCAAGACUCCACCAUAUUGCAAAGCUAUAACGGAACCGGUAACAGUAAAAAUGCAGUUGCGAAGACCUUCUGACCAGGAAGUUAGUGAAUCUAUGGAUUUUAGAUAUCUGCCAGACGAAAAAGACACAUAUGGCAAUAAAGCAAAGAAACAAAAAACAACUCUGCUUUUCCAGAAACUGUGGCAGGAUUGUGGAGUUAAUUUUCCUGAAAGACCUAGACCUAGUCCCCUAGGAUCAACUGGAGAAGGAAGAUUCAUCAAAAAAGAACCAGUCUUGUUUUCUCAUGGUGCAGUUUUGACAGAAACAUCCGGGCCAGUUUCAAGUCAAGCAGAAUCCUACUAUUCCUCAUCUGUGUCCAUCUCAAGUGCAUUGCCACAUCAUGCUUCAGCCAUACCCCCAAUGGUACCUCAGCCUUCUUCAAGCUGGUCAUCAGUGGCCCACGCCACCUCACGUUCAGUCAAUACAAAUUCACUGAGUAGUUUUUCAACAGGGACGCUUUCCUCUAAUUCACAAGUUAUCCCACCAUUCCUGGAAAUGUCUGUUGUGAGUGAUUUGAAUGUGUCUAAUGCUUGCAUUUAUAACAAUACUAAUGACAUAGGCAGAAUGGAAGCAUCAUCCGUGUCACCAGCUGACUUAUAUGGUAUUUCUGAUGCCAGCAUGCUGCCUAAUUGCCCUGUGAACAUGAUAACGCCCAGUAAUGACAGCAUGAGGGAGACUGAUAAUCCGAGACUUGUGAGCAUGAAUCUUGAAAAUCCUGCCUGUACUUCAGUGUUAGACCCAAGAGACUUAAGACAGCUCCAUCAGAUGUCCUCUUCCAGUAUGUCAGCAGUUGCCAGUUCUAGUACUACUGCUUUUGUUUCACAAUCAGAGGCAUUUGAGGGAUCUGACUUUAAUUGUGCAGAUAACAGUAUGAUAAAUGAGUCAGGACCAUCAAACGGUACUAAUCCAAACAGUCAUAGUUUUGUUCAAAAUAGUCAGUAUUCAGGUAUUGGCACUAUGCAGAAUGAACAAUUGAGUGACUCAUUUGCAUUUGAAUUUUUUCAAGUUAACUUGUAAGAUAUAAAUGGUAAUUCAAGAAUUAAAUCCCUUUAAAGGUAACCCUUUUGAUAUUACCUUUAUAAAUGCAACAUUAUGUAUUUCUCUAAGACUAUACUACAGUAUAUCGUGGACCCUUGAACAACACGGGUUUGAACUGUGCGGGCGGGUCCAGUUAAUACUCAGAUUUUCUUCACUAAAUAUGUAGUUCAGUACUACACGAUUUGAGGUUGGUUGAAUUCAUGGAUGCAGAAGACAUCCAUGGAGACAGAGGGCCGACUGUACAGUUUUAAACACAGAUUUUUCACUGCACGGAGUGUCUGCACCCCAACCCCCGUGUUGUUCAAGGGUCAACUGUAAUUAUAACUUUAGGUAUGUAGGGGAUUCCUCUAACGGGCAAUCUUGUCUUGGGAGCUUCUUGUUUUGCUGGCAGAGAAUUUGUUGGGAUAUAAAAGAUGAGUGCUCAGUGCUUGAAGCUGCAGCUAAAAGAGAGGGAUGAACUCAUUUCCCAACUUCAGGAAGAGUUAGAAAAAGUCCAGCAUUUACAGAAGACUUUUGCUUCAAAAGUAGAUAAAUCCAUACAGACUGAACUCCUAGGCUAUGAUGCAUUGUGGAAUCCUACAUACAAAGAAAAUUUAUGUAAACCAGUGUAUGAUGAAUCUGUGACAUGUUAAAUAUUGAAUAAAAUCAAUUUUUCCACUAAAAAAACCCAACUUUGGGUAUGUAGAAUACAAAGUUGGAAACAGUCAUAAAAGGAAAAUUCCAAAAUAGAAAUUUAAAAGAGCUUUACUGUUUCUUCUUUUGAAACAUGUGAUCUGAUACUGUGUGUGGUGGGAAUUCUGGCAUGAGAAUCCUGCCACAUUUUCCCAGGACAGACAGAGAAGAACAUUAGAGCAAGUCUUCAGUUUUUCCAGGUACACCUUUUUAUACUUCUUUUAUAAUGUAUUAAGGUAUUCUUGGUUAAAUGAAUUAACUGAUAUUUGCUUUUAAGCAAAUUUAAGGUAAAACCUGUAAUGGCUAUGUCAUUGGAAAAAUUAAUUCCUUAUUAUUUUUGAGGCCAAUGGGCCAAGGUGACCCCUAAGGGGUUUUCUGAGGCUUUCUGGAGUUUCUUAGAUUUACAUGUAAAUCAAAAUUUCUUCAAAAUGUUAAGUUGGGCAUCAGGCAGUUGAAGUAAGCUUUCAAGGUAUGGGAGUUCUCUACAUUUUGAACUAUUUAGAUCCAUACCUUUAAAAUUGCUUUUGAUUUUAACUUUGCAUACAUGUUUUUAAGAGGAAGAAGUUUCCUUGGACCUUUCCUCUUUGUUAUGUGUCCGAACUCACUGUGAUCUCAUCCAAUUUCAUGCUGUCAGCUCCCAAAUUUUACCCCUGGCUUAGACCCACCCCUUGAACUCCAGACUUGGAGCUUAUGUGUGUGUGUAAAACUGCUUAUUUGACAUCUCUACAUAGAGAUGUAAUUAAAGCUCAAACUCAACACAUCCAGAGCUGAGUUCUUGAUCUUCCCUCCCAAACUUGCUUAUCCUUCAGUCUUCCUUAACUCAGUAAAUGGCAAUGCCAUGUUUCUAGUUGCUCAGGUCCAAAACAAUGGAGUCAUCUUUGCUUCUUUUCUUUCUUUUAUCUCUCAUAUCCAAUCCAUCAGCAAAUCUGGUAGGCCCUACCUUCAAGAUAUAUCUUAAGCUGCCCACCUCUUUUGACCUCUGAUAUUAACAUCCUAUUCCAGACCACCAUCAUCUCUUGCAUAGAUUGAAUUAUAGCCUCCAAAAUCUCUCUUUACAUCCUUGUGCUCCUGCCGUCUGUUCUCCCUGAAGUAGCCACAGUGAUUAUUUUUAAAAGAAAUCAAAUCAUAUUCACUUGCUCAAAACCAUCCAGUGGCUCCCCAUCUCACUUAAAGACCAAAAUCCUUAAAAUUAGCAGGCCCACACUCCCUCUCUUACCCUUAUUCACUACCAUUUUUCCCCUUCUCAUUCAGCUCCAGGCACUCUAGCCUCAGUGCUCCUCUUCAGAAACACCGAGUACACUCCUGCCUCAGACCCUUUGUACUUCCCUGGUGGUGCAGUGGUUAGGAAUCCGCCUGCCAAUGCAGGGGACAUGGGUUCGAGCCCUGGUCCGGGAAGAUCCCACAUGCCACAGAGCAGAUAAGCCCGUGAGCCACAACUACUGAGCCCGCGUGCCUAGAGCCCGUGCUCCAGAACAAGGGAACUAGUUGUGAAAUAAACUUGGCUGUAUGUGUAGCUCAUGCCUUACAUCCUUCAGUCUCACUCAACUGUUAUUUGAUCAAGGCCUUCCAUGACUAUAUAUACAUUGGCACUCUAUGUCUCCCCUCCUUUACAUUUGUCCAUAGCACUUAUCAUGAUCUGACUUUACUGUUUGUUUAUAUUUGUUUUCCUAUACUGGAAUAUAAGCUCCGUGAGGGCAAAGUUUUGUGUUUUUGUUGAAUCCCACAUUUGUAGAACAGUGUCUGCUUCCCGUUAAGCACUCAGUAAAUAUUUAUUGAACAUUCAAAGUACUACUAAUAGAACUUCGGUUUUUGAAAGAAAGAAUAGCUUUAAUUAUUAGAUGUUUAUGAUUUUUAUAGUUCUGCUUCAUGUGACAUUGAGUUUAGUAUAUCAGAAUCAUGUACAUUCAGGUUGAUGACUAAUAAUGGUGACCCAAAUUGUUUGAAAGCAAAGUAAUCCCAGUGGCAAAAUGACUGUAGAAUUUGGACAGUAAUCUUAAUUGUGAUGGAAUUGUCAUGAUGCUAAGUAACUUGCUAAAGAUAAAGACCUAGUUUAUUUUACAGCUAGAAUCUAUGUAAAUGUUGAGCAUAUUUCUAGCUAGAAACAGUGUGUCUUUUCACUUAUGUGUAGUAUCCAACCAAACCAUAAAUUUACUGGAACGAUUAAAGCUAGUCAAUUUCAUCAAAAUGGGGAAUGUGUGAAUGUCAUAAAAAUUAAAAUUCUGAGUUGAAUGAUACUGGGAAAUGAGAAGGAAAGCAAGAUAAGACUUGGGGUCAGGAUAGUUUGGAAAGCAAAAGAAAAAGAUUAAAGACACCUAACUAUCAUUAAUAUUUCUUAGAAAUUAUGAUUUCAAAAAGAAAUACUUCUGUUGUAUAACUUUAAAAAUCAUAAGCAUAUAACAUACUUUAGCAGAACUUACCAGGGAGAAAAAACAUGAAGGCAUUUCUUUCCUGUUCAAAAUAUGAACCCAAGAUAUCUCCAGAUAGUAGCUUAUAGAUGGUGAACUUUUUUUUUUUUUUAAUACAGAAUCCUAUAAUUUUGUAGUAACUAGCACUUAUCAGCUUAAACACUGACAGGCUACCUAAAUGGAUACUUUAAAUUAAACAACGGACUUGUUUUGCGGGUGUUUUUUUCUGUGUAAGUUGAAUCAAGGUCCUGCUACAUUUGUGUUCAGAGUAUUUCCAAAGGAUUUUUCAUUUUUCAGGUGCUAUUUACUGAUCAUAGAUUUUAUUUUAUUAUUUAAAAAAAUUGGCAACCUGCUUCUUUUUCUCUAAAUGUAUUUAUACUUUCAUCUGUUCUUUUAUCACCCUACUUUUAGUUUUGAGGAAAAGAUGACCUCUUGCUUCCUAAACUCUACUUGAAUACUGGAUCCCUCCUCCUUCUCUCCCAUCUUGUUUCUGUAUCCUCAUAUCACCAUUUAGUGCUUUUCUUGUAUAAACAUGGUAAAUGUUUUCUCUAGCCUAAAAGAGAAAGGAUAAACACCUUUCCUACCACUAUCAUGCUCCUUCCCUUCACAUCCAGACUUACGAAAUGCUUUCAGCCUCCAUUUCCUCACUUCCCAGUCAUUCUUUAGCCUAUCAGUCUUUCUCUUUUAUCUCCUACUAUUUUCUUAUGCUAUUCUGGGAAAAGUGACCAGAGACACCCUCCCUUGUCAAAUCUAGUGUCUUUGUAUCAGUCCUCACUCUGCUUGACCGACCUAUCCAUAACCUAUCCUCUUGACCACUCCCUCCUCAGAUACUCCUGAGGUUGACUUUCUUUCCAGUCUCAUCCCCAGUGCUCAGUUGGUGCUACUUUUCUCCCCUGGGUGACCUCAUCAGUGCUCAGGAGAAAGCUUCAGCUUUCUCUUACGAUACCUGAAUGUCUUUAUAAACUGGCUGCUCCUGUUGCAUUCUCUACUUUCGUUAAUGGCAUUACCAUUUACCCUACCAUCCAAGAUAUUAAUAGCCUCAAAAUCGUAUUUUAUUCUUUUUCGUCCUCACACUCAAAGAGUUAUCAAGUCCUUUUGGGUCUGCCUCCUAAAAAUCUCUUGCAUUUGUCCUUUCUUCAUUCCUGCUGCUUUCUUAGUUUAGGCCUUCAUUCUUUUUCCCUAACAAGAAUCUUUUCCAGAUUGCCCCAGUUAAAAAUAAUACCCCUUCUUCCAUACACUGUAUUGCAUAGUUAGCAUUCCCUGAAGACCCUCUCAGGCCACUAGGCCUCCAUGCCUUUCGCACGUUGUCCACUCUGCCUCUGCUCUUUACCUCCACAGCGAGCAGCCUUCAAGAUGGGGCUUCUCUGUGAAGUUUGAUCCUAGCUGAGGCACAGCUUUACACAUACCCACCCUACUGCAGAACUCCUCUCACUGAAUUAUACAGUUAUAUGAAGUUUCUCUAGUUCACCUUUGGAACUCCAUCACUUAGCGCAAUGCCUGGCACAGUUGGUGCUGAAUAAAUGGUAGUAUUGAUAGAGAGGGAAGGGUGAAAUUGACAUAGGUGUGAUUAUAAAAAAUGUGGACAAGGAUCUGGUUUUUAAAGGGAAAGGUAUUUAAUCUGGCAGGAAAAGCGCGAUGCCGAGAUUACCAGGCUUGUGACGUACUUUACCCUGUGCCUCCUGUAGUGUCAACUGUAUUGCAUAGAAAUUUUACAGUUACUAGGACUGUUUCAUAUCUCUGACCUUACUCCUCCUCUCUCUAUGUGGCAGGUUUAAUCUCAGUUCUCCUCUGGUGCAUUUCCUCAGCACCUUACCCUUGCACAGAAACUCCAGUAUUCAUGUGAUCAGUCACAUUUUUGAAUGUCUAAUGUGCAAAGCACCAUGUUAGGGGCUAGAAAUGACAUAGAGGUGAAUGAGGCAAAGUCUUGCUCUCAAAGAUGUCAGUCUUUUUCUUUGGAGGGAUAACAUAUAGUAAAGUGCAUGAAGUGGACUAAUUUUAAAUUUGCAGCUUGAUGAAUUUUUACAUAUGUAAAUAAUCAUUUCCAGCUCCCCAGAAGUUUCCUUCAUGCCCCUUGCCAAUCUACCUACUCCUCAAAACCACUAUUCUGAUUUCUGUCAUCAGAACCUACUAUCUUAAUGGCCUUUAACAUUGGUAACUGGGCUUCCCUACUCAAAACCUUAGUGAACAAAAACAGCUAGGUUGUCAAUUUCUAACCUAAUGCUUCAGAAAAACCAAUUAUACUGUCCAUGUUAAGAGAGACUUAGAAUUGGUGGUCCAGGCUGCCUAUUAGCUCCAAAUAAUUUCUUCUAUCAUUAAUUGAUUUAUUGAGGGAUUUAAAAACUUACUGUGUGAUGUUAAAUAGCAUGGAGAAAUGGAAAGAGUAAGUAAUUUUUAGUCAGAACAUCUGGGUUUGAAUCUUCAGCUCUGCCACUUAGAAGUCAUUUAAUAUUUAGCAGAUCACACUUUCUAUGGGCCUGUCUCUUCAGAUAUAAAAUGCAGAUAAUUCCCAGCAUACUUAAUUCAUAAGGUGUGUUGUAUUAAAUAAAAUAAUGAAUAAGAAGAAACGCUGUAAAUUGUAUAGUGCAAAUCAAAUAUUGUUAGUAAACCAACAUAUGCAUAUAUCCUGUGGCCCUGAUAAUCUCUAAUCCAAACACACCUUCCCGUUCACAGAG